AUGUUGUAAAUCUUUUAUUAUGUUUAUAUUGUGAUGGCUAAUCAUAGGUUUGAAUAUGGGUUUGUGAAUCACUUCAGUUACAAAGAAAAUACAAAUUUAAUUUUAUAUUUGAGUCAAUCCCCAUUUAGAGAAGAAGAAUAUUUUAUUCCUUUUCAUUAGUAAUUCUCUUAAGUCCCUGAUGUGUACUUAAAUAUUGCUAGACUUGAUCUGGAAUAUACAUUUCCUUAAGGAUAUUCAUUAAAUAUAGUUAGUGUCAGCACUGUUGGUGACAUUUUAAUUUAUUUAUAGGAUUUAAAGUCAAAAUAGUAUGUGAGAGUCAAGAACGUUUUUAUCGAGUUGAAUUUAACUGGUUUGCAUUUAAUGAUGAAAGGGUCUAAGUUAUAAAUAAUUUGAAUAUAACUAAUCCAAAAUCUUCAUACAUUCAUACUUACUAAAAGGAUUGUAAAAUUAAUGUGGCAAUCUCAAAUUUUGUAAGCUAUUACGCUCUAGGUUCUUAAUUUAAUAAUUUAACAGUAUUCAAUAUGUAUAAUUUAGGGAUUAAUAUUAACACCAGAGACUGUGACUAUAAGUUUUUAUAUGGAAAACCUUAAGCAAAUUGGAUAUCAAAUAUUAUUGAGUAGAUCUGAUAUUUUUUUAAUUGGACCAACUAUAACAAGCAUAUAACCUGAUGGAUCAAGUUAAGUUGUCAAUUUUCCUUCUGGAUGGGGUAUAAAAAAUUGUUAUUUAAAUCUUUUGGGAUUUUAACAUGAUGGAUCUGAUUUAAAUAUUAGAUAUGAAACAAAAGUGACAUAUUAAUCUCAAAUUACUGUUGGGAUAUAUCCAUGUAAUCAAUUAUCAUUAUUGAAGGGGGUCCAACUAUUAUCUUAUCGAUAUAACAUAAUCAUUUUUGUAUUAAUGAUCCUUAUUUUGAACUUGCUAUAUUUAAAGGUUUGAUAUAAUCUAGAUUUUUUGAUUUAUAAGAUUAAAUAGAUACUCAUAUUGAAAUUUAGGAAAUAAAUUACUCUUAAAAUUAAAUUUUACAAGAAUAAAUUACAAUAGCAAAAGAAAUUGGUUCUAUAAAGAUUAUAUUCUACUGGAAAUGCUUAGAUAAGGAAGUUUUAAAUGUAACAAUAUUUUGUACUGAUGAAUGGUGUUCUUCUCCUACUAUCAAGUGUGAUGCCAAUAAAAUUAAAAUAGUAAGAUUAUAAGCAAAGUUUUAAUUAAACUAAAUUUCAGAGCAAUAUAUUAAAAUAGCUAAGACUUCAGUUUCACUGUCUGCCUCUUAAGUUAUUUAAUAUAACAAUCCAUUUGAAUAAGUUUUAUUAAAAAUAGAAAUAUAAUGA